AUUUUCCAAAAUAUAAUCGACACAAAAAUGGCCUCAACUGCUGUUACCGUUAAAGACGUCUGCCCACAAGAAUUCAUUGCUACCUAUGCUAGAUUCUUAAAAAAAACCGGUCGUGUUCAAAUCCCAAAAUGGGCUGAUAUCGCCAAAACCGCCACCUACAAAGAACUCCCACCAAGCAACCCAGAUUGGAUCUACUACAGAAUUGCCACUCUUGCCCGUAAAGUUUAUUUAAGAGGUGGUGAUGGUGUUGGUACCUACCAAAGAGCCUUCGGUGGUAACCGUAGAAACGGUGUUAGACCAAAUCACUUUGCUGAUGCCAACAGUGGUAAUAUCCGUUAUUGCUUAAAACAAUUACAAAGCUUAAAAGUUGUUGAAGUCGAUGCCGUCAAAGGUGGUCGUACCAUCACUGCUACUGGUCGUAGAGAUCUCGAUCGUAUCGCCAAAUCAAUUGUCGAAAAAAGAAACUCAGCCAAAAACUAAAUAAAUAGGUGUCUAAAGUAAUUUGUAAACCUUUAAAAAAAAUAAAAAAACAAAAACUUUUUAUAAAUU